CAUUCGAAACGUAUGGUUCUGCUUAGAUUGGACGCUACUUUUCAAUAGGAAUGUGCUGUUUUAUUCUUGACACGUCGACAUCUGUACAUUGAAAAUUUUAAAAAUAUUAACCAAAUAUAAUGUCUUUGAUAUCGUGUAUCAGUGAAAAUAUUUGAUCUUGCAAAUAAAUUGCAAUUAUAAAAUCUCAUAAUUAAAAUCAUACAUUGUGUUAUCAUCAAAAACAUUAAUUCCAAAUAUCAAUACAAAUUUGAUAUGUUGUUCUUUAUUUAAAAUAUCUUAGAUAUGAUUUUUCUAAUAAUUUCUUGAAUAUAUUAUAAUUAAACAAUUGUGUGCUUUUUACGAGCAAUGUACUAAAUGAUAUUUAUAAGGAAUGAAUUAACUGUUUAUCAAAAACUAAUGACAAUUUUUUCUAAGAAUGAAGCUUAUACAGCAUGACAUUACAUGCUAUUUAUAUAUUUUAUUUAUUAUAUCUGCCAUUGUCAAAACAUUUUCUCAAGAUUUGCCAAACGUUCAGGAGAAACCAGUUCACUUGCCAGAAACAAAAUUUAACUUUAACGAAUAUUCUGAAUAUCCAGAUAAUACAGAUAGAAAUUUAGGAUCUUUGGCAUCUCAAUGGAAUCAAAUACUUUCUGUUAAUCGUAAUUUACAGGCACAAAAUGUCAAUAGUAUUAACAAUGAAAAUUUAUCUGAAUCUUUAGAAACAUUAGAUCCAAAUAUAGUAUGGGAUUCUAAAUGGGGAUCUAAUUUAAAAUUGGGACAAAUAUCUGCAGUGUCAUUGGAUCCUAAUGGAAAUAUAGCGUUAUUCCAUAGAGGAAGACGAACUUGGGACCAAGAUACGUUUAACAAUGAAAAUAAAUUUGAUCCUAAUAAAGGCCCAAUAAAGGAAAAUACAAUUUUUCUUAUGGAUAAAACUGGAAAAGAAUUAUUACAAUGGGGUAAAAAUAUGUUUUAUUUACCUCAUGGAUUGACGAUAGAUUUCAAUGGAAAUUAUUGGAUUACUGAUGUUGCCUUACAUCAAGUAUUAAAAUUCGAUGCCAACGAUAUAGAGGCACAUUGGAAAGAUUUAAAAAGAGAACAAUAUGAUAGAAAGUUAAUAGAGAUUGAUAAUCACGAUCGAAAUGCCUUAUUUAAACACAGUAUUAUAAAACCAUCUUUGAUUCUUGGUGAGGCUUUUGAGCCUGGUAAUGAUGAAACACGAUUUUGUAAGCCAACAGCAGUUGCUGUACAAUUAAAUGGAGAUUUUUUUGUUAGCGAUGGUUAUUGUAAUUCUAGAAUUAUUAAAUUUAACAAAAAAGGUGAACGAAUUUUACCAUGGGGUCGUCAUUGGGGAGUAAGAGAAUUUGUUUAUCAACAACCACCACCACAUAAUGCAUUCUUUGUACCCCAUGCAUUAGCUUUGGCAAAUGAUCUUGAUUAUAUUUUUGUUGCUGAUAGAGAAAAUGGUAGAGUUUCUUGCUUUUUUGCUAGUAAUGGGACAUUCCAUAAAGAGUACAAACAUCCUAGCAUUGGUACUAAAAUAUACAGUGUAGCAUACGCCCAAGAACAAAUUUAUUUAAUCAAUGGACCUGAUUUAUUUGAGAAUGAUCAGCAUAUACGUGGUUUUAUCGUAGACAUUAAUUCUGGAAAUUUAUUAUCACAAUUUGCACCUACAGAAAGAUUACGUAGACCACACGAUAUAGCUGUGAACAAUGAUGGAUCAGAGAUUUACAUUGUAGACCUAGACACAUCCAAGAUAUAUAAAUUUUUACAAAAAUCAACCAGUGCUAACAAAAUAGAAAAUUCUACGCAUACAUUGAAUCAUCAUCAAACCGCACCAUUAACGGAUAUUAAUUCUCAAGAAACGUCUAAUUCAAAAACUACAAUGGCAACAUUAAUAUUGUCUCUUGUUACAACUACUGUUAUUUUUAUCACACUAUGCGUGACUACUGCUGCUGUUAUAGCGAAAUGUCAAAAAAGAGGAUGCUUGUUAAUGAUGCGUAAAAGAAUGCAUUGGCAAGCGGAAAGAAGGGAAAAGAUGAAGUUUUCAAACUUACUUGAAAAACGAAGAGGCAAGGGAUUUAAAUUUUUCGAAAAACGGCCGAACAAACGUGACUUCAGUAAAUUGAACACCGAACCAGAAACUUCCGACGACGAACGUUCUGAGAAUAAUUUGAAUAUGAUGAUAUGAAUUACUUCAUGUUUAUCAAAUAAUAACAUAAAAGAAGUUACUUUUACGAGGAGAAUUACUUGUGCAAAGGAAAAAAGAAAAAAUUGUUAAAAAAAAAAAAGAAAAAAAAAAGUAACAUCGAUCGUCGAAAUAUUCGAACGAUCUAUUAUCGUCACCAAUUCGAACGAAAAUUAAUAAUCAAAAAUUUCUAAAUGUAAAAACAAAUAAUCGAAUUUCACGUAAUUAAUUCCACGUUAACGUCUAUAAAUUUCUUAACGAUGUCAAUGAGUAUAAAAAAUUACGACGAUCGUUGGAUAAAUCGAAAAAUUAUUAUUAUUAUUUUCGAAAAAGAAAAGAGUUGAAGCAAAAGAGAAAGAAAAAGAAAAAAAAAAAAAAAACAGGAAAAAAAAGUAGAAGAACUUACCUCAUCCGCGAAUCAGUCCGAGAAAAGCAAAAAAAAAGAAAAAAAAAGGUAGGUAGGUGUUCGUUCAUUGAGACGCGAUUUUUUUUCCAUUAUUUGCAAUGGAAUAACAAAUUGAUCAAAAUCGAUAUAUUUACGUAUACAUUUAAACAUUAUAUUAUACACAUAAAGGAUUUAUUAAACGAAAUUAAUCGAUUUAAUAAAUGUAUCGUCGUGUUAAUCGAUCGAGUCGAUUGACGAACGUGCAUUUGUCAGGGUUUAAAGAACGAAGAACGAUUGCUAUAUAAAUGCAUCGAACUUAAUUGAAAAUUAAAAUACAUGAAAAAAUUAAUAACAGACAUGUUCAAUGAAAAUAAUCUAAUCGACGAUAUACAAGUACACAAGUACGAAAUUGUUUAACGUUACAAUGUGAAAUUAUGGUAUAUGAUAAGGUAUGAUAAUAAGCUUUUUUGUGUCUUUUUUUCAUUCUUUUUUUUAUUUUUUUUUUUUUAUUUAUUUUUUUUUUUUUUUAUAAACGUAAAAGAAAAAUGUGUGGAAUCGUAUUGAUAUAACUUAAGACAUAUUGUCCGAAGACAGCCAAUAUUAUUUAAACGAAAAAUGUAACGAUCUAUCGUAUAGAUUAUAUUUGAAAUAUCGAUAUCGUUAAGAUUCGAUGUGGAAAGGAAUAUGGCCAUUUUUUUU